CCUCAAGGGAGUACUCAAGCAUACGACAUCUCAUCGGUUUGAUCACUAUCGUGGACGGUUCAUUGAAGCCAAAAAAAAAUCCUCCUCCUUCCAAAGAGCCGUGCUAAUUUUGAAGACAAGAGGUACUUGAAAGGAGAGAAAUAUCAGGGGUAGUUCGGCUGAUAACAGCGGAAACAGCCGGCACUGACGAAAAAAAGCUGUUCAAGAUUCCUGCAGCGCUGAUACCAGAUUUCGGAGUACCAUGCCGUUAGCAAAGAAAGCCCCCAAGAAUGACGUUAUAAAAGCUUUCCUGACCGAGGCCAAAGAGGAGUUCAAUCAAAAAUGGGACCAUCCCUCUCAGAAUACGGCUAGUUUGGAGGACUUCGAGCGAUUGAAGACCCUGGGUACCGGAUCAUUUGGUCGGGUUAUGCUCGUUCAACAUAAGAGCAGCAACAAAUUUUAUGCUAUGAAAAUUUUAGAUAAACAGAAGGUGGUGAAGUUGAAGCAAGUGGAACACACUUUAAAUGAAAAAAGGAUUCUGCAAGCAAUAACUUUUCCAUUCCUGGUGAACCUGGAAUGGCAUUUUAAGGAUAAUUCCAACUUGUACAUGGUUCUGGAAUUUGUUCUUGGUGGUGAGAUGUUUUCUCAUCUACGACGUAUUGGAAGAUUCAGUGAAACACACUCAAGGUUUUACGCUUCACAAAUUGUUUUGGCAUUUGAGUAUCUUCACUCUCUAGACCUUAUAUACAGGGAUCUAAAACCAGAGAAUCUUCUCAUUGACGAGAAAGGUUACUUAAAGGUAACAGAUUUUGGGUUUGCCAAGAGAGUCAAAGGGAGAACGUGGACGCUUUGUGGCACUCCAGAAUACCUAGCUCCUGAGAUCAUCCUCAGCAAGGGUUACAACAAGGCUGUAGAUUGGUGGGCAUUAGGUGUCCUUAUCUAUGAAAUGGCAGCUGGUUACCCUCCUUUCUUUGCUGACCAGCCAAUUCAGAUCUAUGAAAAGAUUGUCUCUGGCAAGGUACGUUUCCCAUCUCAUUUCACAGCUGAUCUGAAAGACUUGCUUCGAAAUUUAUUGCAAGUUGACCUAACAAAAAGAUACGGGAAUCUAAAGAAUGGCGUGGGAGACAUCCGUGGCCACAAGUGGUUCAGUUCCACAGACUGGAUAGCUAUCUAUCAAAGAAAAGUUGAAGCCCCCUUUAUUCCCAAGUGCAAAGGUCCAGGAGAUCCAAGCAAUUUUGACGAUUAUGAGGAAGAACCACUGCGCAUCUCUACCUCUGAGAAGUGCGCAAAAGAAUUUGCAGAUUUCUGAAGAGUAAUCCACCAACCUAAAAAAAAACUAUUAUGUACCUAAGUUAUCCUAAAAUGUACAGAACAGUGACUUUAAUAUAUCGAACAUUCUUGAAGAGGAACAGGCAAGCCCUCGACAGACAGACAGACAGACAGACAGCAUCUUGCAUGUUGCCUUUUUUCUUAUUGUUCCUUGUAUUGUUCUAGAUCUACUUCAGAAAACCCUUUUAUUUAUAUAAAACAAUUCAAUUACAGUAGAUUUCUGCAUAAAGAGUUUUUUAUAGCAGGCAUGUUAAAUGUUUUAUUUGUAAAUUGUGCAAUCUUAAAUUUGAAAAUUCUUAUUUCUUGACAUGAGAGUUCUCUAUAUUAUCCGAUUGAAGUUCCAUCGCUGUGUUCAUGUUUUUAUCUUAAAAAAAGAUUUAUGUGCCUGCAAAAUUGUAAACAUCUGCAUAAUUUGUUUCCUUGAACAGUUAGAAAUUACCAGUAGUUUUGGAUUAUGCAAAGGUUCUCAAUUCUAGAAAAGGAUAAAUUUAUUUAUUUGUGAGACAUUCUCAGCAAAAAAAUAUCAUUGCAAUUUAGUUGUGUGUCUUCCAAAAUGUUUUCCAUCACAAAGCAACCAGUGUUCGGAUUCUAUGUUCGGUAGUCACUGUAUGUUUUUAAUGUCCCUUGGUUGUUUCUUAAAGUUUGAAAAAAUAUAUAUAUUCUAGAAUGUUACACAUGCCUUGUAUGUUUAUUUAUAAUCUAGAAUUAACCCAGGGCAAUAAAAUUUAAAGAAUAAAAUGGAAUUAGA